AGCGCCGAAUGCCUCAGCAACAAGUUCUUGAGCUGCUCUUGAGCUGCUGAGACAAACGUUUGUGCAACAUGUGGUGGAGAAACAGUCGUCACAGCGGCGACUUUUGCACUCUGUCGGAGGCAUCCGAUUGACCUAUCAAAACGCUUGGCCCAAGCCACAUCCAUCUUCGACCUUGUCCGUUAUCUCCUUUGCGGGGAAGUGAAUGGCCGAGUGAUCCACUCGAGUCAAGCAUCCGACAUCGAUUGUAUUGUAGCUGCCGUUGACGUGAAGUGUUGAACGGAAGCGUCCAGGUAGGCCUUUCUGUUCCAUCUCUCUCCGAGCGUCCUACACUACGAUGCUCGUCGUAUCGAGCCGGUGUAGCCCCAGUCAAGUUCGGGGAGCACUUCUCAGGACAAGGAGCUUGCAUUCAACUGCUGUCACCUUCUCGAGCAGCUCCGACUUUAGUUCCAGCCUGUCAGGUCAUGGCUUCACAGGCUACUACGAGCCCGGCGAGACCGAGGGCCCUUUGCGGAAAGCUUCUAACAUAGGCGCCCCAAAGAUCACCCCGCGAUCGCUCAAGAACCACUUGGACCAGUUUGUAGUCGGCCAGGAAAGAGCAAAGAAGGUGCUCAGCGUUUCUGUUUACAACCAUUAUCAGCGGAUACAAGAGCUGCAACGUCAAGAUGAGGAAGCCCAGGAGGCACUCGAGCGCCAGGCUAGAAGGUCAAGGCACCCUGUAGAAGAUGAAUAUCCGGGUCACCAUGCGACGAUACAUGCUUGGGUUCCUCCAUCUCCAUCUCCGCCUCCACCGCGAUCCUCCCCUCUAGACGAUACCUCUCCCUUGACCAUCGAAAAAUCAAACAUCAUGUUGCUCGGUCCUUCAGGAGUCGGCAAGACGCUUAUGGCGAAGACACUGGCGCGAGUGCUCGACGUGCCAUUUAGCAUGUCUGAUUGUACUCCUUUCACUCAGUCUGGCUACAUUGGUGAGGAUGCCGACGUGUGUGUACAACGCCUGUUGGCCGCUGCAAACUACGACGUUGAAAAGGCAGAACACGGCAUAAUAUGUCUCGACGAGAUAGACAAGAUUGCUACGGCCAAAGUAUCGCACGGCAAGGAUGUCGGAGGAGAAGGAGUCCAACAAGCCCUGCUAAAGAUAAUCGAGGGCACUACCCUUCAGAUACAGGCCAAACAGGAACGCGGAAAUACCCCUGGACGCAACAACAACCAAUACCCUACCGGCUCCCCUACGAAUAGUCCACUGAGUAGUGGCGGUAUGGCUGGUGGCAUGGGUCAACCACCUGGCAAGAGCGAAACCUUUAAUGUCAACACAAGCAACAUCCUGUUCAUAUGCACCGGUGCGUUCAGUGGCCUACACAAGACUAUCCUCGACCGCGUAGCGAAGGGAGGCAUUGGCUUCGGCGCGAACGUGCGCUCAAGUGCUCCUCAAGACGGCGGAGCGCAGGAAACAACCAUCACGGAUGACGACGAGCUGAUCCGCAAGCACCUCCCAUACUACAUGCCACCAGCCUCCGAAGAAGACUCAUACGACCCCUCUUCGAAAAAGAAGAAAGCCACAUACAACGUUUUAGACUUGGUCGAGCCACAGGAUCUACAGAAAUUCGGCAUGAUACCUGAGUUGGUCGGCCGUAUUCCCAUAUCUUGCGCCCUCUCUGCGUUGGAUGUAGACGCCCUAGUCAAGGUAUUGACAGAGCCGCGAAACUCGUUGUUGAAGCAAUACGAACAGCUCUUCCAACUCUCGUCAAUAGAGCUGCGAAUCACAUCUGCGGCCUUGUAUGCCAUUGCUGAAACUGCCUUCUCCAUGGGAACAGGUGCCAGGGGCCUUCGCACGGUCUUGGAGAGGCUGCUCGGGGACAGCAUGUUCGAAACGCCUGGCUCAGACAUCAAGCACAUCGCUUUGACUGAAGCUGUAGCCAAGAAGAAUUCUCCAGCUCUCUAUUUCACUCGGGACGGCAAGACGAGGUUCAAUGCUCUGAUUGCCAGAGAGGAAGAAGAAUGGGAAGACCGCAAACGCGGCGAAGAACCUAUGGAAAGUGACUUCGAACGCAGAGCGAGAGCGAACAGCCGAGGUGGUCACGCUACGACCUUUGAGGAAUAUCGUCAGAAGACUACUGCUGCUGGAUUUGUAUGAGCGCAUUUGCAUCUGGCAUGCAUAGCAUUAUGUAUUUGAGAAACAUCAACGAUUGCAACGAAACAAACUCAAUUCCCUGGGUAUAUCACAACAUCACCGUCU